UGUCCGUGUGUCUGUGUGUCUGUCUGUUACUCACCUCUCGAAUGUCUGUUCGUCCCAGAAACGAUACCAUCUACCCAACGGGUGACGAAGUACUAGACAUAACAUAUACAAGUAACACCAAGAGGACGUUCCUAAUGGAGGGAUAAAGAAGACAAAAGUAUAUCAGAGAGUUGGAGGGAGUGGUGAGAUGGAGUCCUCCCUCCUCCCUCCAGCCUGCCCUCCUCACCAACCUCACGGCGACCUACGACCUCGAGUCUAGCUCCGCCCACUCCAAGAAACUCUCCUUCCUCCCUCUCUUGGGACAGCAUGUGGGAGAGGGGUUUCCCCUCACCUCUCUCGGUCCUAGAUGAGACUGGACGUGAAUUAGUGUAGUGUGUGUGUUUCUUUGUGUAGCACAGAUGUUGC